AUGGAGGCCGCCGGUGAAAAGACGGAGUCAAAAGAAGGGUCGUUUUUUAUAAAGCAUGUCGUUGACAAGAUUCCCAAGAAGAAGGAUUUCAAGCGAGCCUUCUCUUUCGCCCGCCUUCUCUUCUCCCUCAACUACACCAAGAUCGAUGUCUUGCUGAUUGCCGUGGGAACCUUUUUCGCCAUUGCCGCCGGUGUUCCUGAGCCAUUGCUGGGAAUUGUGUUGGGUCAACUGAUCAAUGAGCUCAAUGAAGUUUCCUGUUCCGCGACCGCCUACGAUCCCUCCUCCGUUCGAACCAAAGUCCUCUACCUCAUCUAUAUCACGAUCUUCAAUUUUGCGAGUAUCUACAUCUACGCGUCAUGCUGGGGUCUGGUCAGCGAGCGAAUCGCCCGUCGCUAUCGAAAGGCUUACUUCCGCAGCGUCGUUCGCCAGGAAGCCGCAUUCCACGAUAACCUACCCUCCGGUCAAGUCAUCUCGCGACUGGUCAGCGACAUCGAGACACUGCAAUCAGGUACUUCUGAGAAGGUCGGUAUUUACCUGGCUACGCUCUCAUAUUUUGUCACUGCGUAUGUCGUCGCCUUCAUUAAGGUACCCAUCAUUGCUGGUAUCCUGAUUGCAGCUAUCCCCUGCUUCUUUGCCAUGGCCCUCGUUGGAGGCCAUCUUGCGGCACGUUACGGGGCUCGAGUGACGAAAAAUGUUGAUCUUGCCACCUCGAUCGCUUCGUCGAGUCUGUCUCACUUGAAAAUCGUUCAUGCGUUCAACGCUCAAAAGCGCCUGGAGGAUCUAUUCUCCAGUCAUCUCAUACAUUCUCGGAAAGAUGCCGUCAAAAAAGCAGCUGUUCACGCUGGACAGAUGGGAACUUUGUUCUUCAUCGUCUACUCGUGCAAUGCACUGGCGUAUUGGAAGGGUGCACAUAUGAUUGCCGACUCGGUCGAUGGACUGAGCUCUGGUGCAUCCAUUGGCGCAGUGUAUACUGUGAUUUUCAUUUUGAUUGAUGCCACCUUCAUCUUCAGUCAGGUAUCCCCGUAUAUGCACGUGUUCAGCGCUGCUACCAGUGCAUCCGAGCGCUUACUAGACGUGAUCGACCGAGACUCCGCCAUUGACGGAACAACCCCAGAGGGACAAGAAGCCACGAACUUGGGCGAUGCCGAGAUCAUCUUCAAGGAUAUCCACUUCACCUACCCCGCGCGGCCUGAAAUGCCUGUGCUACAGGGAUUGAGUUUGUCCAUCCCACCAAAGAAACACACGGCGAUCGUCGGUCCGUCGGGAGGUGGAAAGUCUACCACUGUUGCUCUUCUUGAGCGCUUCUACGAUCCGUCAAGUGGAACCAUCCUUGUCGGAACUCAGAAUAUCCAGAGCCUGAAUGUUGCGAGUUUGCGAGGCCAAAUGGGCUUUGUGCAACAGGAAUCUCAACUGUUGGACCGUUCUAUUGUGGAGAACAUUGCCUAUGGACUAGUCGGCUCUGCUGAGCAUGAUCUAGCUGAGGUGAUCAUGGAUAUGAGCCUGACAUAUGUCGUCGCAAGCAUUCAAUCCGGGUCUUCGGAAGAGCAGGCCUUGGAAUCAUCCGAUCCCAGAGUCGCUGAGAUAUUCAAACGAGCCAAAGUGGCGGCGGAAAGAGCCAACGCCCUAUCGUUCAUUGAAUCACUGGCUUUUGGUAUCUCUACCCCUGUGGGUACUUCCGGAGGCCAGCUGAGUGGUGGUCAAAGGCAGCGCAUUGCCCUUGCUACGGCACUUAUCCGUGAACCAAAGAUUCUCAUCCUGGACGAAGCAACUGCAGCUCUGGACUCAAUGAGUGAGCAGUUGAUUCAGGCUUCUUUACACGCACUUGCUGGAACGACUACCAUUGUGUCUAUUGCACACCGUCUGGCCGCGGUUCAAGAUGCCGAUCAGAUUAUCGUCGUUCAAAAUGGCCGCUCGGUUGAAAACGGGUCUCCACAGGACCUGCUUCAGAGAGAGGGGGUGUAUGCGACAAUGAUCAACCAGCAGAAGCUUGAUAACGCCGAGUUUGAUAAUUCUCGGGGCUCUUUCAGUGAUGACAACAGCUCUCUCACCUUGGAGAAACAUGACCCAAUCUCGAAAGACACCGCAGUUGAUAAAGAGCAAACUGUUUACGUGGCCGAAGAAAAAGAUGGCAAUGAAGGCAAACCAGAGACAAGUGACUCUCCAAAACCCUCAAAGCGCCUCACUGCAAAGAUAUGCUUUGCCUUCAUCCGUCCAAACAUCCUUCUCAUUCUUAUCGGCCUGGUUAUGUCGGUCAUCAUCGGGGCUAGUUAUAGCUCCAAUGCCAUUCUGUUCGGAAACACAAUCGGUGGACUUAGUCCGUGCAAUGGCUCUGCCAGCAUCCGAUCCAGUGGGAAUUUGUUCGGUGGCAUGUUCUUCCUUGUUGGCUUCGUGGAGCUCUUCGCAAAUCUCAUUGGCGGGUGUGCCUAUGGAUGGGCUGCAGAUCAGGUUCUGUACAGACUUCGUAUUUCUUCACUGCGAUCGCUUUUGAGUCAAUCCAUGACAUGGCACAGUGAUGAUGGGCGUACCCCAGGCCUCCUCAUUGCUUAUAUUACCGGAGACGCCUCUGCAAUUAGUGGCAUCACUGGAACCACUAUGGGUUUGCUCCUUGCGACCGGUGUCAACCUCUUCGCGGGUGUGAUCAUAUCAUUUGUCGUGGCAUGGAAAAUUUCGAUUGUACUGGUCCCGACUAUACCAAUUCUCUUGUUGGCUGGGUUCAUGAAGCUCCGCGUUCAGGGUCAAUUUGCGGAACGCCACAAGAAAGCGUUUUCUCGAGCCACAGAGAUCACUGUGGAGGCCUUGGGAAAUUUGCGCUUUGUCGCUGGCUUCUCUCUGGAGAAUCAGCUCUACCGGGAGUUCCUUUCGGCUAUUCAAAAGCCUUACAAGAAUACCACGAAGGCCAUUGCUUGGGGUAACUUUUGGCUUGCAUGGGCUUUCAGUGUGAGCAAUCUCAUCAGUGCUCUUGCAUACUGGUGGGGAUCCAAGCAGAUUGCAUCGGGUCUUUACUCCCAGACACAAUUCUUUAUUGUCCUCCCAGCACUUCUAUUCAGCACGCAAUCCUGCGGUCAGAUGCUUGCUUUGGCCCCUGAUCUUUCCAAGGCAGGAAAGUCGGCCUCACGCAUUGUUGAUCUUGUUAAAUCAAACUCUUCCGAGGAAGACAAAUCUGGUGAAUCAUUCACUCGGUCGGCUACUGGCGCUAUGGUGCAAGAGAAAGAUGCUGAGGCCAGCGUUUCUUCAGAUGCAACUCCCCUAUCUUCACCCGGCCCAGUAGGUGCAGUGCUUAAUCAAGUACACUUCGCAUACCCAAAGACACCCCACAUCCCUGUGCUCAAGGACCUGAGUGUUGAUUUCAAACCAGGGGGCUUUUACGCCUUGGUGGGCCCCAGUGGCUCCGGUAAAUCGACCAUUUUCAGCAUGUUGGAAAGGUUCUAUAACCCCACCUCAGGGUCCGUUGUCAUCAAUGGACAGAACAUCAACCGAGUCUUUGCAGCCCACUUCAGAGAUGACAUCGCACUUGUUCCACAAGAGAAUGUUCUGUUUGAAGGAACCUUGGCCUUCAACAUCGGACUAGGAGCAAGAGCUUCGCACACGGCGACUCAAGCUGAAAUCGAGGAGGCUUGUAAACUUGCCCAAAUUCACGACGUGAUUAUGAGUCUACCUGAUGGCUAUGAGACCUUCUGUACACAUGACGGAAAGCAGUUCUCCGGUGGGCAACGUCAAAGACUGUCUAUUGCAAGGGCUCUGGUCCGUAAACCAGGCCUACUCUUGCUGGAUGAGUCCACCAGUGCACUGGAUGGUGAAUCCGAACGCAAAAUUCAAGACGCUUUGGCGGCGCUGGCAGGAAAAACAACUAUUAUCGCCAUCGCGCACCGAUUGAAGACAAUCUACCGUGCGAACCAAAUUUUCCUCAUUCAGGACGGCCGCUGCGUGGAUCGUGGAACUCAUGGAGAGCUCGUGGAAAAAAGUGAAAUGUACCGGGACAGCGUGUUGCACCAGUCCCUUGCGACUUGA